AGCUGACCAUCACCAUGGUGGUGGUUGGGAUAGCAUUUGGCUGAGCAAGGAGCAAUGAGGUAGGUAUUAGCUUGUGGAGGAAGACAAGAAAACGGGGGAAGGGGACUACCUUUGGCAAGAGGGGAGAUUUUUAGAGCAGGAAAGAGGUAACUGGCCAAGGAGAGGAAGAAACAGGCGGAAGAAUCGCAUUGAUAGGAAUCGACACAGGUACUUGUUUCUACAAGCUAUCGGUUCUUCCAUGUACAUAUCAUUUUGUUGAGUUUUCUGGGUAUCAUUAGGUUCUGUUUUGAUGUCAAGAUGUGUUUAUUGGUAUCUCUAGUUUGUUUCUAUAGAAUCCGGGUUUGCUUUCACUUGAUUCACCCUUGAUUUCUAACCUGUUUUGUGUCCUCUGUUUUGAGAUUUCAUAUGAAACAUUGGCAUUCACUUCUUAGUUUCGUUUUAAAACUCAUUUGAAAUCUGCUUCAGCCCACUCCCAAGCUCAUGGAUUGAUACAUGAAAUAAGGUUUGCGGGGUUCCAUUUUAGUUUCCUAUUAUUUGUGCUCUUUUUAUUGCUUUUCCCCGUUCCUGGUAUUUGAUUAAGGCCUUUUCCAUUUUCCUCUCUCUGCCUAGAAAGUCUGGGUCGAGGCGUCCUUUUCUGGAGGAUGCAUGAGAGUUUCCCUGUGGUUUUCUGCUCGACAUAACAAAUCGGCAUCCCUGCUCUGACCUUUAUUUGUGGACCUCCAAGCGCUGAUUUUGAUGGUGACUGUAUUCCCUUGUUUCACCCUCAGUCUCUUGGGGCAAAGGCCAGGGUUUUAGAGCCAUUCUCGAUGAAGAAACAGUUGCUUAGCUCUCAUAGUGGUAACCUCAACUUGCAGCUGGCCAUGGAUUCAUUGAUGUCUCCAAAAGUUCCCUUUGAGAGAUAUUUCAUGAACUAAACAGUCGCUCAGCAAUUGGUGAUGUUUGUUUCUAUGUUCUUACCGAGGCCCGUUUUGUUGAAGUCUCCUUGUUCCGACCCUUGUUGGACCACCUCGCAGAUACUGCAGACUGCCUUACCUUCUCAUUUAGAUCGCAUUGGAGAGAGCCUUUGUUGAUGGAAGGUUUAUUUUUAGAGGGCCUCAGCAUCAACUUGAGGGGUUUUUUCCGUUUCCAGGGAGGUCACACAAAGUACCCCCAUACCCUGUGUCUAUACCCGGUACACCCAGCAAACCCAUUCCAUAUAUAUGGCCGCCCCUCACACCCGACAUGCCCAUCACCCAUCUCUAUGCGCAUAGCCACCUUCCUUUCUCAACCUACAAACCCAUUUUCUUCAAUAUCCAUUAACCCAUUUCAUCUCUCACUACUCACCAUCUCUCAUAUCUUCUCAAGCCCAUUCCAUAUAUUCCAUGUAUAUCAUCACCCUUCAUACCCGCAUCUUAUACCCAUAUCCUCAUGCUUAUACCCGUGUCUCACACCCUCAUGCAAUAUACCAGUUUUCUCAUCACCUUUUUCUCUCUCUACAUCACAUACCCUCCAUACACUUUGAUUUCCCACCGGUUUAUAUCACUCCAUAUCAUCAAUCCCACGCAUACACAGUCCAAUCCUCCAUGCCGCAUCCAUGAAACCCGCCAUCCACUCCCUCAUUCACGUGCCCACCAUCCAACUCAUCUCUUCAUUCCAUACCCAUGAACAUGUCCAGUGCCCUUCAUGCAUGCCGUCACCCUCAUAUACCCAUUUUCAUACCACCAAUUCCACUUCCCCCCAUUUCCCUCGACUUCUCUUCCUUUUCCAAUUCCUCUUCCUCCGCCUCUUCUCCAGUGAUGCAAGAUGUGCGGCGCUUCCGGAUGUUAACGGAAGGUGGCGUCCGCCUAAAGCUCACUCCCACCACCACCUCCCCGCUAGCCAUCAACAUCUCCAAAGACCCAGUCAUCAUCUUCAGCCAUCCCUCUUGCUGCAUGUGCCACGUCAUGAAGCGCCUGCUCUCCACCAUCGGUGUGCACCCCACCGUCAUCGAGCCGGAUGAUGAGGAGAUCGGAGCCCUCAUCGCCCACUCCGUCACUCCCACUGUCGCGACCCCGAUGAACCCACCGCUCAUGUCAUCGAAAUCCACCGCCACCCCAUUCGCCGCCACCUCGCGACAUCCUCCAGGCUUUCCGGCUAGCCCGUCCGCCUCCACCCUUAGUUGAGCAAUGGAGGCUGGUUGGAAGUGGUGCAUGUUGGAAAGUAUACCUCCAGGCCCAAAAUGUGAAAAGAAUGCUAAGGAUGCAGCCCAAUAGAUUGGUAGUUGGGCUUCCCACCAUGUACCACCAAAAUGUCCCAGGCCCACAACCAUUCCUUGAGGUUUCUUUCCACCCAAGGCCCAUUCCUAAAAGCCCAAGUUUGCAUAACCUUUACCCUAAACCCCUUUCUGAAAGCCCAUUAGUUCCUUUUAUUCAUUCUUUCUUUCAUGCACAU